AUGUCGCAACAGCAUGCUGCCGAACUUUGUGCCCUUCUUGUAAACGACAUUUACGGCGAAGUCUCCUCCAAAGUCGUCUCAAUCCUACUACAGCUCGGCCGCCUGCCAAUACCGCAAAUAUGCUCCCACAUAAAGCUCGGUCCCAAGAUCGUCAAGCAGACUCUUGUAGUGCUUAUACAACAGCACAUAGUUACCCACUACACACAUUCCGAAAACCAUAGGGAUGUAGUGUACUAUGAGACAAAUUGGAUGCAGAUCUAUGAGCUGCUUCAUGCUGGUAGGAUCAUCCGUGCUAUGGAGAGUAGAUAUGGGAAUGAUGGAGCCUUGAUCAUCAGCAACAUGUUGCAACUCGGGCAUGCCCGGGUCUCUGACUUCCUCAGCGCCUAUGGAACCUCCACUAAAAAGGCCGGUCAAGACGCUGAAGACACCAUCACAUCGGUCGAAACGCUGAAAUCCGUUAUCACCGAAAUGGUCGCGUCACGUUUCCUGAUUCAAGUGCAAGAGCACCACAUGAACCCACCAACAGACACAAUCAACGCAAUGCGCAAAUCGCUCACAGCCCAGUUGCGUAAGAACUUCACCGUGGAGACCCGUCUUGUAAAGGAGGUCGACCGGCAGAUCGCGAUCAAAAUGGCGGAGUUUGCAGACGGGGAUACUAAUGCACACGCUGGAAUGAAGCGAAAGCUUGCAUCAUCGGCCAAGGGGAAGGCAAAGAAAAGGGCAAAGGUUAGUAUGUACGACCAGGAAGUCGAAGAGGAGGAGUGGGAGGUUGAUGAAGAGGUGGUUCUGAGGGUCAACCAUGAGAAGUUCCUGGUUUUAUUUAGAAACCAGGAAUUAGUCUCACUGGCGGAAAAGAGACUAGGGAAGACGACUUCUUUGGUGUAUGGACAGUUUUUGGAGAAGUUAGAACCGAAAUAUCUACGGUGCCAUGUUAUUGGAGACGAUGAUGAAGAGGAGGAUAAUCCUAAGAAGAGAAUUAAAUUGUCUGUACUUGAGUUGUCAAAAACCUUCGAUUUUUCUAUCGAGCUCGAUAACUCGAUAGCUGCACCACCAAAGGAGGUCUCGAAAGGUCGUAAACGUUCUUUGGAAGAUUCGGAUGAUGAGUCACCCAAACAUCUCAAUGGCAACGCCGAAGAUGAUGACGAAGAUGAGGAAGAAGACGAAUGGGCCGACCAUGAGGAAAUUGACGAUGCAGAUCCAGAGGCCUCAAAAAAGAAGAAGCGAAUGGCAAUCAUAAAGCAGCACCUCCAACUCCUUGCCGAAGAUUCCUUUAAGUUUUUAAAACACGAAAGCACCCGGGGUAUGGGUGAAUGGAGCAUCAAUUACAAGGAACUUGGAAAAUUAAUAAAGCAACUCGAGGUUGAAAAAGUGGUAGAAGAAAGAUUCGGUAGUAUGGGAACCCGGCUGCUGAGGAUCGUCAAAGAUAAAGGCAAGCUUGAUGAGAAGCAGAUCGCAAACAUAGCCCUCCUAAAACAAAAAGAAAUCCGUGCGACUCUCUCUGGCCUCCAUGAAGCCGGUCAUCUGGAACUCCAGGAAGUACCCAAAACAGCAACGCCACAGGUUUCCAGGAUGUUUUUCUUGUGGUUUUAUGAUUUCGAGAGAGCCAAGAAUGCUCUCAUUGGGGAUGUGUAUAAGGCUAUGGCUAGGUGUAUCCAGCGUACCAACACCGAGCGUGAUAAACGCAAAAGUUUAUUAGAGAAAUGGGAGCGUACGGAUGUACAGGCGAACCAAGAAGAGUAUUUGACAACAGGAGAGAAAAGGGAGUUGGAAAUCUGGAGUACAAGGGAGGAAAAGUUAUUGGCGCAGUUGAUGAGACUGGAUAGGAUUGUCAUGAUCAUGAGGGAUUUCUGA